AAACACAUGAAUCAUUGCAGCAAACGUCAUUCAAGACGCUUUUUUUCAUUGUUUGUAACAAGUAUCACAAUAUAUAUGUAUAUAUACAAAUACUGUGCUCGAGAGUAAAAAAUAAAAGUAGACAACGAGAACGAAAUAUUUAUCUCAUCUGAAUAAAAAAAAAAGUCCAGAGACUAAACUUGAGGUAUUCACGCAAUCAACGUAAAUAGAUUUUUACUGAUUGGAUCCAUUUAAAUUGAGUCAAUUAAUAAAUUAUAAUGAACGGAAUUGAAAUGGAUAGUGGAGAUAUUAUUGACAGCAAUAAAUUAAAUAACAUCAAAGACAAAAUUACCGAUGAAAGUCAUGAUGUUGGUGAUGCAUUUGGUUAUGGAAAAAAUUCGGUAAGCCCAUACCCAACAUCAUUGCAAACAGCACCAACUGAAAAAUAUGCAAGCCACUACAACAUGUCUCAUGCAAAACGUGGCCUUGCGAUAAUAUUCAACCAUGAGUUUUUCCACGUAAGUCACUUGAAAUCACGAACUGGCACCAAUGUCGACUGUGAAAAUUUGGUAUCAACUUUGAAGCUUCUACAAUUCGACGUAUUCGACUAUCACAACCUUAAUCACCGCGACAUAAUCAAGCAGUUGGAAACCGUCGCCAACACGGAUCACACUCAACAUGACUGUCUGCUGGUCGCCGUCCUGAGCCACGGAGAGCUGGGUGUGCUCUACGCUCACGACACAGCCUACAAAGCCGAAACAAUCUGGUCGUUCUUUACAUCCGACAAGUGUCCAACUUUGUCAGGGAAACCAAAGCUAUUUUUCAUCCAAGCUUGCCAGGGUGACAAGCUCGACGGCGGAGUUGCUGUGAAAGAGAGAACUGAAACUGACGGCCAGCCCACUGCUACAUUUCGCAUUCCCACUCAUGCUGAUUUCCUGAUCGCUUACUCAACUAUACCAGGUUUCUAUUCAUGGCGCAACACAACCCGCGGCUCCUGGUUCAUGCAAGCUCUCUGUAUCGAAUUGCGUGAAAAUGGCACCCGAUAUGAUAUUCUAACUCUGCUGACUUUCGUAUCUCAGCGCGUUGCCCUGGACUUCGAGUCAAACACUCCAGACAACAUGACAAUGCAUCAGCAAAAACAAAUUCCUUGCAUUACUUCAAUGUUGACGCGUCUCCUAAAAUUCACUCCCGCUAAAAAUACAGACUCAAGUCCUACUGGUAGCUCAUAAUCUCAGCCCGUUUAAUUUAAAUAAUGACAAUGACAAUUAAUACGAACCGGUGCCUAAUAUACGAAACUGCUGCAUUUAAUACUGCAUUUAUUUAAGCGACUACUCAUUAAUUAAUUAAUCAUAACUAGGACCUAGUCCAAAUUUAAAUUCAAAUUUACUUAAUUUUAUUGACAGUUUUUUUUAAUUUCAUCAGUUCGCUCAGUUAUUAGUUAUCGUUAUCAGUAAUAAUUAAGUCCUAGUCCAUGAUUAAUUACUGAAUAAUAAUUAUAAUAAUAAUUAAUUGUCUUUAGUACGUAAUAGAUAAGAAUGUCAUGAAUUAUAAGUUGACAUUAACGCAAUUAUUUUAAUUUUUAUAAUUUUUAUAUGAAAAUUUAUAAUUUGAGGCUUUGAUAAUUAACAGAAGCUAAUUUAUGAUCAAAAUACGAACUUUAUUAUUUUUUUUUUAAUGCUAUUUAAAAUUUUUGUAUUUUUUUACUUUAAUUAAUUUAAGUAUUCAUUUUUUUUUAUUGGUUUAUUAAUAUUUUUUUUUUUUGCUCAAUUGGUGGAGAAAUGAAAUAUUUAAAGCCUUAAGAAAAUGUCUUUCACAGAUUGUGAUAACAAUAUGACUAAAGUUAGUAGACGAUUAACAAUUUCUGGAUUUUUUUUUUUCAACAAAUUAAUUGCAAAAAAAAUAAUUAAAAAUAUGAAGGUGGAAUUUUUUUUUCAUAAUUUAUCAUUUUUAAAAAAAUCCUAAAAUUGUUAGACGUCAGCUAACUUUAGUGUCAUAUAGAAAUGUAUGUGCAAGUUAUGAAUAAUGCCGAGUACUUUAACAGUAUGCCAAUAAACGUGAUAACUUUUUUUACUUUUUUUUUUUUUUACGUAAAGUAUACAGUAAUUUUUUGAAAAGUUUUUAUAUCAUAAAUAAUAAGAUAAAAAUAAUUAUUUAUACUUGCACAGAUAUCUUUUUGAAAGUUCAAAUAAAUAAUAUGAAUUAUAGUUAUAUGGAAAUUUAUAUCAAAAUGUUUACAAGUAAUGUGUAGUUAAUUUUUAAAAAUAUGUGUCAGGUAUUUUUCAUCUAGCUUAUAUAUUAUUAAAA